AUGUGCUUAGGAAACUCAACCCGCGUGAGCCAGGGGGGCUCUAUUGCAGUAUUACGGCCAACCCGGCAUCUCGAGCAGGCCGACACCAACGCCCAUAUGCUACUACUUUUCUCGAACCGAACAGAAGCCCUUAUAGGUUGCGCCGGGAUACAAGUCGAAUUCCAAGGAUGGGAAGGAAAGAGCAGCGUCCGCCGGGAUCGCUGUUGGGUUGUUAUCCAUCACGACGGCGAUCUCAGCGCUUCCGAAGCUCUUCCCCCCAAUGCUUUACCUCAAAAGCCUUUGUUCUCAUUCUCGCUUGACGCAGCCUCUACGCAGACUAUGCAGCUUCCCCAGAGGCUCGAGCUCGGCGUUGGAGAUGCCGGACUCAUCGGACGGAGAGUAUCGCUUAUGACGAGCUCGAGACAAGGGCCUGUGACACUUGCGGAGGGCAUCAUGGGUUGGAACUAG